AUAUGGUGAAAGAAGAAAAGAUGAACUAAAGCACUUUCAAUUGGACCCCAUGUCAUGUCUCCUCAGUGCCCCCAUGAUUAAUUUGAUUUAUUUCCAAUUUUUCUCCACUAUUCAGUAUUCACACUUCUCUCUUUCUCUCUUCUUCCUUAAAAAAACAUUUUCAUAGUCUCUCUUAGCUCAAAAAAAAUCACAAAAAAUUGAAGGAAAACACAUAGAUUCAUCCUAGUGUUGCAAAAAACUAUGAUGUCAAGUGAGAAAAUAAGAGAAGUAGGAGAAGGAUCAUCAUCAAGUGCUGCUAUUAGUAUAGCACCACCUGAUAACCAUCAUCGCCAGCCAUCACCACCACAAUUGAGUCGAUAUGAGUCGCAAAAACGUCGCGAUUGGAACACGUUCGGUCAGUACUUGAAAAAUCAAAGGCCACCCGUACCAUUACCCCAGUGCAACUAUAACCAUGUGUUAGAUUUCCUUCGAUACCUCGAUCAGUUCGGGAAGACUAAGGUUCACAUGCAGGGUUGCCUAUUUUUCGGACAACCUGAACCGCCCGGCCCGUGUACGUGUCCAUUAAGACAAGCAUGGGGAAGCUUAGAUGCCCUAAUUGGGAGGCUUAGAGCUGCUUAUGAAGAAAAUGGUGGUUUGCAAGAGACUAACCCUUUUGCAAGUGGUGCUAUUCGUGUUUAUUUACGUGAAGUAAGAGAUUCACAAGCUAAGGCAAGGGGAAUUCCAUAUAAGAAGAAGAAGAAGAAGAGGCCAAAUUUGCAAAUUAAGGCUAGUAACAACAAUGAUGGUGCUACUGCUACAACGUUUCAGCUUCAAUCUUCUUGAUUGCUAUGAAAAGAAUGGGUAAAAUUUAAAGCUUUUAAUUAUAAUAAGAGUAUUUGUAAUUUUUUUUCUUGAAGUGGAUCGUAACUUUUUUUUUCCAAUGCGGUGUUUUGUAAAAUAUAGUGCUAUACAUAGAAUACUUUUGAAUUAAGGUAAUUUAAUUUCUCUUAGUAU